UAGAGCAAUGGGAUUCUCAGUACCUCCUGUUGUGAAUCUUGAUGGGAUUCUGUCCCAGGUGUAGACUGAAGCUAUGGCAGCCCAGCAGAACAGGCCAAGGCUAAAACGGAAGUUUUGGAAACUUGCUGAAGAUGUUUUAUUAAUUUGCUUGCUCUCUGCCCAGGCAUUCAGCUACUCUACUGAAAAACAAGCUGCUGAUUUUUGGGGGUCGGAGGACUUCUCUCUACCUCAGUGACAUGCACAUUCUGGAUCUGGGUUUCAUGGAGUACACACCAGUCCCCCUCCUGGCAGGACAGCCUUCUGCACGUUGUUUUCAUGCAGCUCUGGCUGUGUCGGACCAGAAGGUUCUGAUCAGUGGAGGCUGCAAUGCCAGAGGAGCCUUGCAUGAUGCCUUUGUCUUCCACCUAGACACUCUUUCGUGGAGCACAGUGAUCCACCAUGACCUCUGCUCUGUUCCCCGAGCUGGCCACACAUUGCUUGACCUGACUCCUGCCCACUUGAUGGAUAUGGACAAGAAGAACAAAGAGGAACAGAACCUGCACACGGUGUUAGUCUUUGGGGGCUCCAACUGUGCUGGGACCUUUUAUAACAGCACAGUCAAGAUCCAGCUGGACCUAGGAUAA